CGGCACGGGGCACAGUCCAGUCGGUCCAAUUCAAUUCACCUCGGGGGCUCCAUAAAAAUUUGGAUGUGCCCCUAAGUAAUAAAAGCACGCCCAAAAUGGACUACCCUCCUUCGACCUCAGGCCGGUGUACAUCGCCGACGCCGCCGCAGCAAAAGCACGAGUACCAGCAGCAGCAGCAGCAGCAGGCGAGGCCACAGCCCGAGGCGCACACGCAGCACACGCAGCACACGCAGGAGCACGCCCAGGAGCACGCCCAGGGCCAUCGUCUGCACCGGUUGGGGUUGGCAUUUGGAUUGGGAUUGGGAUUGGGAUUGGCAUCUGCAUCAGCAUCUGCAUCAGCAUCAGCAUCAGCAUCAGCACCACCUGCACCACCCGCGCCACCUGCACCUGCACCUGCACCUGGAUCCAGCCAGGGACAACUGCUGGACUCGGCCCUGCCGCUGGCAGCAUCUCUCAGUCUCGGUCUCCAGAGCCCACGACGACCACCAAGCUCCCCACGCGCUCCACCACCACCCACGGCCCCGUCUUGUUCUGGCGCGUCUGGUCCUGCACAACCACCGCCCUCCUCCUCCCUCCAACCUCCUCGUUCUUGCUCGUGGCCCAGCUCUCCCCGCCAGCCAACUGACCAAGAGCCCACGCCUGCCCGCACCCACGCGCCGCCCGCCGCCGCCGCCGCCGCCUCCGCCUCACCACUGCCCCAAGGCCCACGACCUGCACAGAGUUUGGACGCCAGAGGUGAAGCUCAGCGCCGGCCCCCGAGCCCCCGGCCUGCCAGCUCCAGCUGCAGCGACUCGAGCAAGACCAGCGUCCCGAGUGCCCCUGCAACCACCGCCGCCUCCAGCGCCAGCUGUAGUCCCGGCUCCAGCGACACCGGCAAGGACCGCGACGGCAGCAGAGAAAGAGGCCCGGCUACUCUGGCGACCUGCCCUCCGCCGUCCUCACAAGGCGUGGGCCCUCCGUCGCCGCCAAUGUCACACCCUCCCGCCCCAGCUGGCCCCCGCCAGCCUCAACAGCAACAGCCUCCUGAGCAGCAGAAGCAUGCCCCGCCGGCUCUCCAGCCCGUCAACUAUCCCGGGUCCCACUACCAUCUUCACCCAGCACAGCCCGGCCAUGCACCCCCUCCGCAUCCCCCUCAGUACGGCUACCCGCCUCCCGGCCAGCCCGUCGAUCAGUACCGACAGAGCCCGACCGGCCCGCCGCCUCACUCGCUGGCCCUCCCGAGCAUGAGGAGCUUCGACCACCAGCAGCAGGCCCAGCCGCAGCAUCCUAUCCAGCAGCAUCCUCAGGGCCAACAAUACCCUCACCAGCCCCAGCCCCAGCCCCAGCCCCAACAGGCCCACGGACAGCACCCGCCGCCGCAGUACGCCCAGCACCCGCAACACCACCCCAUGGGCUCUACGAUGGCCCCCGGGCCGCACAUGGGCUACUUCACGAUAAACCAGCAGCCGUACGCCAUGCACGACCCCAUGGGGAUGCGGUACGGCUUACCGCCGGGCCUGUAUGACCCGCGCAUGCAGCUUAGUGGGGGGAGGCACAAAAAGGAGAUCAAGCGUCGGACCAAGACUGGGUGUUUAACGUGCCGGAAACGACGGAUAAAGUGUGACGAGACACACCCUACCUGCAACAACUGCAAGAAGUCGAAGCGCGAGUGUCUCGGCUACGAUCCCAUAUUCAAGCAGCAGCAAACCCCGUCGUCGCUCCAGCCGGCCCCCACCGCCAGCGCCGGCCCCGGCCCCGGCCCCGGCCCCUCGCCAUCCGCCCCGGCCACAUCGACAGCAGGCCAGUCAGCUUCCUCGGCCAGUGCUGCCCCGUAUACCACCCACCCGACGCCGGUCCUCACCCCAAGUGACCCGCCUCCUGCCCGCGAAUCAUCAGAUGACAGCACUACCGUCAAGAACGAGCCCUUCGAGCCCGCCAGACCACCCGUCGACAUCGACCCGGCCUUGGACAAGGCUGCACCUGCCCCUCCCCCCAACUCCGACUUCGGCGUGCUGCAGCCCGGAGAGGCACCGCACCUCAGAGGUGGCCGCUCCCCUUUCUCAGCAUCCUCCGCCCCGCAGCAAGCACACACGCUUACUCAGGUUGCUCAGUAAAGAUGCUCAAGGUCGAUGAGAUCAUCGACAGUUCCGGCGCCGCGCCUCGGAUCGAGACGACCCUGAGGCCCACGCCGCAGUCUGUCGAGGAACUCACAAAGAUCUACUAUGAGAUCUACGUUCCUGGCCUCUGCCAAUUCUUCGAGUCGCAAUGGUUCAACUUCCAGAGCCAGGGCCACAAUUCCAUUUCCGUAUUUCUUCACAACGACCCCCUCAUCUCCCUCCUGGGCAGUUUCCUCGUCUCCCUACACACCGUCAAUGCCGACCCCAACCACUUCUCCUACUGCGGCCACCUCGAGACCCGGGUCGUCUGGGCUCUGGCCAAGCUGGCAUACACCAUUCCCUCCGGUGUCAACAUGCCGCGAGAUGAUCCUCUGCCAGAAAACAACCCAAGCGAGACUCGUAACCGCGUGCAGGUCUUUGAGGCGCUCUUGAGCGGCGAGGUGCUCGCAACGAACCCCCUGAUCCCGCCCCCAAGAAAUGCGGACCAGCACCGACGCAAGGAGUACGAGUUCUGGUAUUCCCUGGCCGAGUUCCUACGGCUCCAGGACCAGGCCGGGCGGGAGCAUCAUCUCCAGAGGCUUCGGAGCCUGUUGGAUGGCCGCGAAAACCGUGACGUGCUCUACUCGCUUGCCGUCAUACGGGAUCUGGGCCCGCGCUUUGGGCCCGGCUACGAGAACAAGAUCCCGGAUCAUCUCGACGAAUGCGAGCCACGCAACAAGCUCCACGUGGCCACGCAGUUUAUCAAGGCAGAGGCCUCUGCCACGGGCGGCACGACCAACGUCGUUCGCCAGCUCGCAUCCGUGGCAUGCCGGGCGCUCGUCAACCCUGGAUUCAACAUUGCACGUAAAUUCUAGCUUAAAUACACUGGCAACUGCCACCAAUCCCAUUGACUCUUCUGUGCGUGUAAUCCCACAUGGGACCGCGCAAGCCGCCCUGACAUCGACGGCAACGACGACGAACAACAGAGAUAGCAUUGCAUGGCUGUGGGGCACGGAUUAGCAUUGAUGCGCUGGAUUUCGGCCUCAUGAUACGGCCGGCACAUGUGUGAGCGAUUGUUCUUGCUUGAUUUCAUUCUUCCUUUUUUCUUUUUUUUUUUUUUUUUUUUCUCGGGGCCGGGUGGUGGGGAAGGGGGUUUAUUAGGUUGGUCGGACUGGGGUCGUUUGUCCAUGUUGGCUCCAGCAAACCGUCAACGGGCAGAGAAGCGCAGUUACUGUAAUACAUAUCGCAUCAAAGUGAAAGGCGGAUGGUGGUGGUUGGGGCAGUGGGCUUGGGGGGGCGGGGUGGGCAAGGCAGCUUAGUUAGUUAGCUAAAACAAAAGGGGAGACAGACACGGAUGCAGCAUCAGGCAUGGACCCUUUGGCGGGUCCAUGGCCUGACCAGAGCCAUAUUGUUAAUCUUAAUUGACAAGAAACAGGGGAGUCUGUCUGAAGCAUCUCGGCCAGGGACUUGGUAGUUGUAUUUGUUGUGGUGCUACGUAGACGUCCGAACAAAGAUGGGACAGGCGUUGUGGACGGACAGUGGACACUAGACAGAGAGAAGGGGGGAGGGGCUCGUUAUGUGGGGACACGAACAUGUGGGGUAGGUAGGUGUACGGAGUAGUACUCGUCCGUAUACCACCGAAGCGACGAG